AACAGUAUGAAUCCAGUCAUGUACUCCCUUCCACUUGCUCUAAGCAAACAAAGUGGGCGGGGUUUGUUGUCCAGGACGCGCCCCCUGACUCUCGUGACAGACUGGUGCCUGAUGGGGGCGCUAGGCCUCAUUCUAUUCUUCAGCCUGGCCUCGAGCCAGAAGAUGGACCCUUCCAAGCCACCCAUAGUCACCACCAACUAUGGCAAGAUCCGAGGUGUAAAGAAAGACUUGAACAAUGAGAUUCUAGGCCCGGUGGAGCAGUACCUGGGCGUGCCCUACGCCACGGCGCCCAUUGGCGACCGCCGCUUUCAGCCGCCCGAGGCGCCGGGAUCCUGGCAGGAGAUCCGCAACGCCACGCAGUUUGCCCCGGUGUGCCCUCAGAACGUCCAAGGGGUGCUGCCAGAGAUAAUGCUGCCCGUGUGGUUCACGGACAACCUGGAUGUGGCAGCCGGGUACAUCCAGAGCCAGAGCGAGGACUGCCUCUACCUCAAUGUCUAUGUGCCGACGGAGGAUGGUCCGCUCACAAAAAAACACGAUGAAUCUACAAUGAACAAGCCUCGAGACGAAGAUAUCCGUGACCGCAGGAAGAAGCCUGUCAUGCUGUUUAUUCAUGGAGGCUCCUACAUGGAAGGCACCGGAAACAUGUUCGAUGCGAGCGUCCUCGCCGCGUAUGGCAACGUGAUAGUGGUGACCAUGAACUACCGGCUCGGCGUACUGGGCUUUCUCAGCACCGGUGACCAGUCUGCAAAGGGAAACUACGGCCUGCUGGACCAGAUCCAGGCGCUGCGCUGGCUCAAUGAGAACAUCGGGCACUUCGGCGGAGACCCGGAGAGGAUAACCAUCUUCGGCUCCGGAGCUGGGGCGUCCUGCGUCAACCUCCUCAUCCUCUCGCACCACUCCGAGGGUCUGUUUCACAGGGCCAUAGCCCAGAGUGGAACGGCCAUCUCCAGCUGGUCUGUCAACUACCAGCCCCUCAAGUACACCAAGAUCCUGGCCCGGAAGGUGGGCUGCACCUACACAGAGACGGCCGACCUGGUCGACUGCCUGAGACGCAAGAACUUCAGGGAGCUGGUGGACCAGGACAUCCAGCCAGCCCGCUACCACAUUGCCUUUGGCCCUGUGGUGGAUGGCGACGUGGUGCCCGACGAUCCUGAGAUCCUCAUGCAGCAGGGGGAGUUCCUCAACUACGACAUCCUCAUAGGAGUGAACCAAGGUGAGGGGCUGAAGUUCGUGGAUGACAGCGAGGACAACGAUGGCAUCUCGGCCGCGGCGUUCGACUACACCAUCUCCAACUUCGUCGAUAACCUCUACGGAUACCCUGAAGGCAAAGACAUCCUGAGGGAGACCAUUAAGUUCAUGUACACCGACUGGGCGGACAGGGACAACGGCGACAUGCGGAGGAAGACCCUCCUCGCUCUGUUUACAGACCACCAGUGGGUGGCGCCGGCAGUGGCCACCGCCAAGCUCCACGCUGAGUUUCAGUCCCCGGUUUACUUUUACACCUUCUACCACCACUGCCAGACGGAGACACGACCCGAGUGGGCCGACGCCGCCCACGGAGAUGAGAUACCGUAUGUGUUCGGUGUGCCCAUGAUCGGCGCCACGGAUCUGUUCCCGUGCAACUUCUCGAAGAAUGACGUCAUGCUGAGUGCCGUGGUCAUGACCUACUGGACCAACUUUGCCAAGACUGGGGAUCCCAACCUGCCAGUCCCGCAGGACACCAAGUUCAUUCACACCAAGCCCAACCGCUUUGAGGAGGUCAUCUGGACCAAGUUCAACUCAAAGGACAAGCAAUACCUCCACAUAGGCUUAAAACCUCGUGUUAGAGACAACUACAGGGCCAACAAGGUGGCCUUCUGGCUGGAAUUAGUUCCCCACCUCCACAGUCUACAUGAGGUGCUGUUCCCCACCACUACCCGCUCACCGGCAGGCCCUCGCCAGGGCAAUAACGGACCCUGGUCCAGGACACCGGGCCCUCGGACCACCACCCGUCACCCCUACCCUACGUUCCCCUCUGAAAUGGAGCCCGAGGGUUCUGAGCGUCCACACCAGGACCUCUUUCCCGGAGACAUGAGGGACUAUUCCACUGAGCUUAGCGUGACAGUCGCCGUGGGUGCAUCGCUCCUCUUCCUCAACAUCCUGGCCUUCGCCGCCCUUUACUACAAGCGCGACAAGCGACACGAGAUGCGGCGCCACCGGCUGUCUCCCCAGCGGGGCGGCCCGGCCAACGACCUCGCUCACAGUCAGGAGGAGGAGAUCAUGUCCCUACAGAUGAAGCACUCGGAGCACGACUCGCACCACGACAUGGAGCCUCUCCGGCCCCACGACAUCCUGCGACCCGCCUGCCCGCCCGACUACACGCUGGCACUACGCCGCGCUCCGGAUGACGUGCCACUGAUGACGCCCAACACCAUCACCAUGAUCCCCAGCACCAUCACCGGCAUGCAGCCUCUUCAUGCCUUCAACACCUUCCCCUCCACUGGCCACAACAACACCCUGCCCCACCCCCACUCCACAACCAGGGUAUAG